UGACCCUCGGCAGCUCCUGUAGUCACGUGGCGCUGGGAACCGGCGGGGGGGGCCGGGCACGGGCCUGGCAGUGGUGAACUCGAACCUGCUGCUGUCGCGGCGGCGGGUGGGGAGCGGGCCGCCGGCGCCGGCGUUCCGGCCUCAUGGACGCGCCACGCGCCUCCGCGCACCCCGCCGGAGAGUUUUCUCUGACAUCUGGGGGCUACCAGAGUGUGGGCCGAAGCAGGCGCUGCAGCCGCAGAAGUCUCCCCAGGAACAUUCCCAGGAGGAGCUGGAAGCACCCUCACCUCCAGCUCCACUGUCUCCAGGCAGAGGAAGCACCGAUGCUGGAACGCCGCUGCAGGGGCCCCCUGGCCAUGGGCCCUGCCCAGCCCCGACUCCUUUCUGGGCCCUCCCAGGAGUCGCCCCAGACCCUGGAGAAGGAGCCCCGCGGGCUGAGGUUACAAGGCACUUCUGCAUCCUCGUCGGGCAGCCAAGCCCCGGGUAGGGCCCAUCGCUGUGCGCACUGUCGAAGGCACUUCCCGGGUUGGGUGGCCCUGUGGCUUCAUGCCAGACGCUGCCAGGCCCGGCUGCCCCUGCCCUGCCCUGAGUGCGGCCGUCGCUUCCGACACGCCCCCUUCUUGGCACUGCACUGCCAGGUCCAUGCUGCUGCCACCCCAGACCUGGGCUUUGCCUGCCACCUCUGCGGGCAGAGCUUCCGAGGCUGGGUGGCCCUGGUUCUGCAUCUGCGGGCCCACUCGGCUGCAAAGCGGCCCAUCGCCUGUCCCGACUGUGAGAGACGCUUCUGGCGCCGAAAGCAGCUUCGAGCUCAUUUGCGGCGGUGCCACCCCCCUGCCCCUGAGGUGCGGCCCUUCAUAUGCGGCAACUGUGGCCGGAGCUUUGCCCAGUGGGACCAGCUAGUUGCUCACAAGCGGGUUCAUGUAGCCGAGGCCCUGGAGGAGGCAGCAGCCAAGGCUCUCGGGCCUCGGCCCAGGGGCCGCCCUGCGGUGACCGCCCCCCGGCCCGGUGGAGACGCCGUUGACCGCCCCUUCCAGUGUGCCUGCUGUGGCAAGCGCUUCCGGCACAAGCCCAACCUGAUCGCCCACCGCCGAGUGCACACGGGCGAGCGGCCCCACCAGUGCCCGGAAUGUGGGAAGCGCUUCACCAAUAAGCCCUACCUGACCUCACACCGGCGCAUCCACACUGGCGAGAAGCCCUACCCGUGCACCGAGUGCGGGCGCCGCUUCCGCCACAAACCCAAUCUGUUGUCUCACAGCAAGAUCCACAAGCGAUCCGAAGGGUCCGCCCAGGGCGCUCCUGGCGCGGGGAGUCCCCAGCUUCCAGCUGGCCCCCUGGAGCCCUCGACAGAGCCCACCCCAGACGCCACGCUGAACCCUGCCCAGGAGCCUGCACCGGAGCCUCUGCUGGAGGCCCCAGGAGAGCCCCCGCAGGACCAGACGGCAGCCCCCCCAACUCUCUACAGCUGCGAUGACUGUGGCAGGAGCUUCCGGCUGGAGCGCUUCCUGCGGGCCCACCAGAGGCAGCACACGGCCGAGCGGCCCUUCACCUGCGCCGAGUGUGGGAAGAACUUCGGCAAGAAGACCCACCUGGUGGCUCACUCCCGGGUCCACUCCGGCGAGCGGCCCUUCGCGUGCGAGGAGUGUGGGCGCCGUUUCUCCCAGGGCAGCCACCUGGCGGCGCACCGGCGUGACCACGCCCCCGAGCGGCCCUUCGUCUGCCCGGACUGCGGCAAGGCUUUCCGCCACAAGCCCUACCUGGCAGCCCACCGGCGCAUCCACACCGGCGAGAAGCCCUACGUCUGCCCCGACUGCGGCAAGGCCUUCAGCCAGAAGUCCAACCUGGUGUCCCAUCGGCGCAUCCACACGGGCGAGCGCCCCUACGCCUGCCCUGACUGCGACCGGAGCUUCAGCCAGAAGUCCAACCUCAUCACCCACCGCAAGAGCCACAUCCGGGACGGCGCCUUCUGCUGCGCCAUCUGCGGCCAGACCUUUGACGACGAGGAGAAGCUCCUGGCCCAUCAGAAGAAGCAUGAUGUCUGAGAGGGCAGGGGCGUCAUUCACCCGGGAACGUGGCAGUGGGCCUUGGGGCCUGAGUUGCUGCUGGUGUAGGCAAGGGAUGGGAGAGAGGCGGGGAGUGAGCUGGGCCUAGUUAGAGGGAGGUCAAGCCCGCCCAGGGGGCCAGGGAAGCAACUUGCAGAGCGUCCAGACCCCAGCCUCCAGUGGGUGUUUGCUAAGGUUCCGUCCUCACUGUCCUGUGCCCUGGAAAAGUAGCAAUAGCAGCCCCCCACUUAGAGCCCUCCGGCUGGAGGGGCCACCAGUGGACAGGAAGACCCUUCUCCUCUAGUGUUAACGCCUUAACGUCCCAGUCUUUUAUUAUGAGUUCCUUCAUCUCCUUCUUGGAGGUAGGUGUGGUACAGCCCUUAGUAAAUGAGUGCUCAGGAGGAAAAGUGGGCCAGCUGGCUAAACCUGGGAGAACCUGCCGGCCUUGUUAGGCAGUACCUGGGCCUUUUCCAGCACUAGGAGGUGAAGCCGAGCUGCUCUAACCUGUCCCACCCUGUCCCCUCCGUCCUGCCCCUGCACUGGUACCCAGACUUGGAGAGACCCGUCUACUGUUAGUGCUCAGCUCAUCCCCUUCCUCUGAGAAGGUCAACCCCCUGGUAUUUCCCCAUCGGUCUGACUUGCUUUAUCCACCACCCUCGCGGCGCUU